GAAAUCCCAAGCUUUGAAAUAGUCAUGUAAUAAGUUGGACUUGAAUCUUCACGAACUUAACCAACCUGAGGUUCUACGAUGGAGGUGUUAGCGAUAGCAUUACUGUCAUGUUUUAUCCUCGGGAAAGAGGGUUGCGUGAUCAAAGAAUUUUCAGCGGUUAUUGAGGGGAGGGCUCUGCGUGGACAUGUGGUCAAGACUCUGUAUGUGCCAGGCGAAGAAACCUGUAAGAUUCACUGCUUUUUGGAUGAAGUCUGCCAAUCAAUUAACGUCAGCCCAAACGGUGCUAGUGGUAGGUGGAAAUGUGAAUUGAGCGACACAGACGAAAAACAAAAUCCACAAAGUCUUAUUGAGGACGAAGGCUUUAAAUAUUAUGCAUCGAAGAAUCCGUGCAGUCGAUCUCCUUGUGCAGAAGGUUCAACCUGCAGACCAAAUUUUUCUGCUGACAACAGCUUCCGAUGUAUUUGUCCACAGGGAUUUACAGGAACGACAUGCGACAUAGCUGCGGCAGCUUCUAAAGGUUAUGAUCCAGAGAAUCCAGCCAUUUCAUGUGAAGAUGUCCUAUUAAACAGACCUGAGUCUGGAAGUGGUGCUUACUAUCUCAAAACGGAGCAGGGAGGGGUAGCUCACACCUAUUGUCAUAUGGAUGUUAUUCCUGGCUGUGGGAGAGGAGGAUGGACGCUAGUGAUGAAGAUUGAUGGUAACGAGGAUACUUUCUCGUACCAUUCGAACUACUGGAGCAACAAAAACCUGUUUAGUGAAAUUUCGGGCGCAACUGGAUUUGACCACGAGGAAACAAAGAUGCCGAGCUACUGGAGUAAUAACUUCACUCAAAUUUGCCUGGGAAUGAGGGUCGGCGAUGUAACAGAAUGGCUAACUAUCGACAGGCAAGCAAGCUCAUUGCAUUCAUUAAUUGCAGACAACAAUCACAAACCGACAAGCCUUGGCCGAGAUAAGUGGAAAUCGCUUAUAGAUGAAUCCUCUCUUCAGCUGGAAUGCAACAAGGAAGGUUUCAAUGUGAAGUCUCCGACUACAAGAAACCACUCGGCUCUUACUAGAAUUGGGAUUAUUAGCAACAACGAAGAAGACUGCAAUUCCUGCAACUCAAGGAUUGGAAUUGGCUCGGGUGGCACUAGAGGCGGAAUGGAUGGUAACAACUCAUGUGGAAAUGAGGCAGGCCCUUUCAAAUCAGACAACGGA